GGAAUCUUUUCGUUUCCUGUUUACGUCUGAGAUUCCUCUCCAUUCAAGAAAAGUCACUUUACUGUUCGCUGUCUUUUUUGUUUUUGGUUUUUUUUUCCUUCACAUUUUUUUACAUUGAUUUCUACGUCCUCUUCACCGUGAUCAUGCAAGCCUUAAGAAACUACUUUAGACCAUGGUCCUCUGAGGUCAAGUUGGUUGGCAAAACUGUACUGAUUACUGGAGCAAAUACUGGGAUUGGCAAAGAGACUGCCAUUGAUUUGGCUAAAAGAGGUAUGCGGGUCAUCAUUGCCUGCAGAGAUAUGGAGAAAGGUGAUGCAGCUCUGAAAGAGGUCAUCGAAACAUCUGGGAAUCAGAAUGUUGUUUGCAAAAAACUCGACCUUGCUGACUGCAACUCUAUCAAAGAAUUUGCCCAGAGUAUCAAUAGUGAGGAGAAACAACUCAAUAUCUUGAUUAACAAUGCUGGAGUGAUGGCAUGUCCAUAUGGUAAAACAACAGAUGGUUUUGAGAUGCAAAUCGGUGUCAACCACAUGGGUCACUUCCUUCUGACGUUCCUAUUACAUGACCUGCUUAAAAAAUCAGCUCCAGCUCGAAUCAUCACUGUAUCAUCCAUGGCGCAUAGGUGGGGGACCAUCAAUCUGGAUGACAUUAACAGUGAAAAGAGCUAUGAUAAAACAAAAGCUUAUAGCCAGAGCAAACUGGCCAAUAUUCUCUUCACUCGCUGCUUAGCCAAAAAACUAAAGGGGACAGGAGUGACGGCAUAUGCCCUUCACCCGGGUGUUGUACAGACAGAACUGUGGAGGCACCUGAAUCGACCCCAACAGGCAGUCACAUGGUUGAUUAAGCCUUUCACCAAAACAUCAGUGCAGGGAGCUCAAACUACUAUCUUCUGUGCAGUAGCUCCUGAGCUGGAGACAGAGAGUGGCAACUAUUACAGUGACUGUGCACCUGCAAGUUGCUCUAAUGCUGCUAUGGAUGAUGAAAUGGCGCAGCGACUCUGGGACCUUAGCUGCCAGAUGCUCAAGAUAACAUGGGACUAAAAUCUGCUGAUUCAUUUUGUAGCAGCCAAAUACAGUUUCUAAGUAUAUUUUUAAAUAUAAUAAAGAAAAGGCUGAACAAG